AUGGUGUACACCACAGACUGCGUGGAAAAACCAAUCCGGUUUUGCUUUGAAAGAGUGGGCAAGUUUAUCGGACUCCAUCCAUGGUGGUUCAUCGUCGUUCCCCUUGCUUUAGCUGCAUCUCUUGGAUGGGGCUUCUGCUUUCUUGAAGAUAGAAAAUCCAACGAUAUUGUGCAGCAGUUCACACCCAUUGAUGGACGCGCGAAGACGGAGAAGCACUUCUACAAAGCCUUUUUCCCCAAUAAUAAAGAAGUGUUUUCCAGUCUCAGGCUGACCACAGAUGGAGCUUACGGAGCUCUAAUCUUCACCAGCGAGACGGAUGUGCUCAGCGUUGGUGCACUGGAAGAAAUCCUGCACGUAGACGCCAGCGUGAAAGGAAUAAGCAUCAGACAUGGAGAAGAGGAGUUUGCAUAUUCAGAUAUUUGUGCUAAAGUGAAUCAGCGCUGCCAUCCCAACUUACUUGAAAUCUUGGAUUACGAUGCCAACAACAUCAGAGUGAUCAACCUUACAUUCCCAGUUCAUCAUCACAGAAUGGGUCGAGUACCCCUGGAACAUCUCCUUGGCCAGGUGGACAAAGACAGCAAUGCAGUGGUCCAGAGUGCCAGGGCAGUGAGACUGUUUUACUAUCUCCAAGAAGUCAAUGAUACACUGGAAGAUGCUUGGUUGAAUGAAUUUGUUCAUUUGUUGACCAACGUUACAACGUCCGUCACGCAGGUAUCCUACUUCACUUCCUUGUCAAGGCAACAGGAGUUUGAGAAAAGCACUAAGUCCGUCACUCUGCUUUUUGCCAUAACCUACUUUAUUGCUAUUCUGUUCUCAGUUCUGUCAUGUAUAAGGCUUGACAAUGUGAGGAAUAAAGUGUGGGUGGCCAGCCUUGGAGUGAUUUCAACUGGUCUAGCUGUGCUUUCCAGCUUUGGGUUCCUCUUAAUUCUAAAUGUUCCAUUUGUCAUAACUGUGGCAUCAUCUCCAUUCCUGAUACUCGGGAUUGGCAUUGACGAUAUGUUCAUCAUGAUCUCCUGCUGGCAGCAGACCAACGUCCACGACAGUGUAGAAGACCGCAUGGCUGCCACUUACAGAGAAGCAGCCAUUUCCAUCACAAUCACCACCCUGACCGACGUGCUGGCCUUCUACCUCAGUUACAGCAACCCUUUCCGUUCCGUACAGUCUUUCUGCCUGUAUGCUGGCACCGCCAUAUUGUUCUGCUACCUCUACAACAUCACCUUCUUUGGUGCAUGUUUGGCUCUGAACGGCAAAAGAGAAGAAGGCAACCGCCACUGGCUGACAUGCAUGAAGGUUCCUGAAGACUGUCCUCCAGGAGCUUCCACAAGGUAUAUCGCAUGUUGUGUUGGAGGCGCUUACAACCGUGAAUCUGGAACUGAGGAGGAACAUCUGAUGCAAAAGUUCUUCAGGAAGCACUAUGGACCAUUUUUAACCACACUGUGGGCUAAAGCAGUGGUGAUUAUUCUUUACUUGGUAUAUGUUUCCAUCAGUAUCUAUGGGUGCACUACUAUUAAAGAAGGCAUUGACCUCAAGAACCUGGCGGUUGAUCAGUCUUACAUUGUCAAAUACUAUGAGGAUGAAAAGGAAUACUUUGGUCAUUACGGUCCAAAUGUAAUGUUGGCCGUGAAUAGUACGUUUCCAUAUUGGGAGAAAGCGGAACGAACUCAGCUUGAGUUUUGCAUUGUAAAAUUUCAAGAACUUCCAUUUGUGAGCAACCUAUCUCCCUCUUGGCUUCAUUCUUUUGAACAUUAUGCAAAGGAAAACAGCAUCAACAUUAGCUCAGACGUUGAAUUUAAGAAACAUUUGGAACCUUUUCUAGGACAACAUCCAAUGCUCAGGUUGGAUGUUAGUAUUACCAAUGAUACCAUAGAUGCCUCACGCUUAUUUCUUCAGACCUCCAAUGUUUCAUCAGAGAAGAUAAUGCUGGAAUCAUUGAGAAAAACCGCAGAUGACUGCCAGAUAUCUUUAGUGGUCUACCAUCCAGCAUUUAUAUACUAUGAUCAGUAUGCUGUGAUUGCGAACAAUACCAUUCAGACUGUUUGCGUAGCUACUGUGGUCAUGUUGGUCAUCUCAUUCAUACUCAUCCCAAACCCAGUCUGUGCUUUGUGGGUCGCUUUUGCCAUUGCGUCGGUCAUUGUGGGAAUUGCAGGCUUCAUGGCACUGCUGGGCAUCAACUUGGAUUCCAUCUCGAUGAUCAACCUAGUCAUUAGCAUUGGCUUCUCUGUGGACUUCUCUGCACAUAUCUCCUACACGUUUGUGUCCAGCACUAAGCCCAGUGUGAAUGAGAAAGUUGUGGAUGCGCUGUCACAUCUGGGCUAUCCCAUACUGCAAGGAGCUUUGUCCACAAUUCUAGGGGUGGUAGUGCUCUCUGCAUCUGUAAGCUACAUCUUCAGAACCUUUUUCACCAUCAUGUCUCUGGUUAUUUUGUUGGGGCUGCUUCACGGCAUUGCUUUUAUCCCAGUGUUUUUAACUUUUUCACAAUGCAGCAAGUGA